ACCCCUUAAACAAGUGACGAUACUUACAAUCCUAGCUGCUAGAAACCUCAUAGCGCAAGGAUGGAAACACACCUAUUGCCCCACUAAACAACAAUUGAUGGACAAGCUCCACCAAUACUAUAUUUAUGAACAACUGUCUACCACCUCCAUCACACAAUCACUGAAAUUCCAAGACGCAUGGAAAACAUGGGCCGAUAUCUACACACCACAUAAGAAACACGACGAAGACCACAUGACAUACCCUAGCAGUAGUAGUACUCUCCACCUCGAAUCUUAA